AGUGAUUGUAGGAGUGUAUGUGUGAGAGCACGCGACCUCUCCCACCUGCUGUUUGUUGAGCCAGAAGCCCGUCCAUACAUACAAGCCAGCAGGUGAAGGUUGUGGCGAGUCUGGCCCUGUCAUCCUGGGAGAUUAGGUCACGUUGUGUUUCAUGUGUGACCUGUUAAGUAGGUCAACAUCUGUGAGGGGCGGGGUGACCAGCCAUCAGCUGUUGCUCCCAGCUGUUACUCACACUUGUCACGCAAUUAGUGGCAAUUUUAAUUGGCAGCUAAAAUAACUCGAGUGUUAAAGUUGAUAAUUGACGUGCAGUCAAAAUGGCUUGUAUUUUUGUGUUUAAAUUACAAAUAUGAUAAAUCUAAUAGGUUUGGUGUCAAACUAUAUUAUUCAGCUUAGAUAUUAACAUUGUGAAUAAGUGAAAAAUAAAUAAAAAUCGGUUAGUUGUAAUACUGAAAACUCGAGGAUUACCAGAAGAUAAUUUGAUAAAUCUGCUUUUGAAGGAUAACAGGCAUCACGGAUUACUUAUUGUAGUGGACUAAUCUUAUUUAAAAUAUAAUAAAAUUAUCAUGGCCUGGUGUGGGACCGAGCCGCGGGGGCGUUGACCCCCGGAAACCUCAUUCAGGUAUCCGUCGAGUAUAGGGUGUUGGCAGGUGUGAUGGAGUCACCUUCACUUAUAAAUAAAGACAGUGAAGCUAGUAAAUAAAGGGCGAGACAACGGGGGAUUAUAUGUUGGACCUGUUGGAACGCAUGUCUAACUACCGUAUAGAUGACCAACGGUGUUCCCUGCCACACCUUGCACACCACACACAGCAGCAGGGCAUGCGUGAGGGGCCAGGAAAGCCUCCGCCUGACAAGGAUGAAGCUCCAUCCAGAACCUCAUCCAGGAUACGCUUGGAGGAGGUCCUCGCUCAGCCGGGACCCUAUCCUCAGGUGGUGCUGCCAUCUAGCGGCACCUACUGGGAUGAACAUGCUAUGGAUGCUGACCAUCACUACCUCACUAACAACUCGAACAAGUUCGAGACGGAUGAGACAGCCACCUACUAUCGUCGCUACUUCCUUGGUAACGAACACUGGACGUUCUUCGGCGAGGACGAAGUCCAUGGGCCUGUGGUGGUCACUUACAAGAGAGAGGUAAUCAGUUCUCAAGAAAACUUUCGUGUCCUUCUGCGGCUCAAGUCAGGCACCCACCAUGCCACCAUAAUUAACCUGGGCGACUACCCCACCCCUGCCAAGAUGGUCAAGAGGCUGAAGGAAGAGUUGACAGUUGAACGCUUCUAUCCCGUUGUGACUCCUGAGGGUCCAGAAUUAAUUUUGGCCUAUGAUGAACAUGUCCUCAAGAAUCAUUUCAAAUUUGGACUUAUCUACCAACGCUUCGGACAGACCAUGGAAGAGCAGCUCUUCAGCAAUAGGUGUCACGUUGCAGCUCUUGAGGAGUUUCUCUGUCUCAUGGGCCAGAGAGUUAAACUCAAGGACCAUGAAGGAUUCAAAGGAGGUCUAGAUACCCAGUUUGGUCAGACAGGAGAGGAGAGCAUUUACGAGAAGUUCCGAGAGAAAGAGAUUAUGUUCCAUGUGUCUACGUUAUUGCCUUACAAAGAGAAUGACCCACAGCAACUUGAAAGGAAACGACACAUUGGCAAUGAUAUGGUUGCUAUUGUGUUCCAGGAGACCAACACUCCAUUUGCACCUGAUAUGAUUGCCUCACACUUCCUUCAUGCCUACAUCGUUGUCCAGCCUAUUGAACCCUGCACGCCCAAUACUAGGUACCGAGUGAGUGUGACAGCGAGGUCUGAUGUUCCAUUCUUUGGACCCACCCUCCCUCCUACAUCUACUUUUGAGAAGAGUCCUCACUUCAAAGAGUUCCUCCUUACUAAGCUUAUCAAUGCAGAGAUUGCUUGUUAUAAAGCAGAGCGGUUUGCAAAAUUAGAGAUGCGUACACGAUCUUCACUGCUGUGUGCUCUCGUAGACGAUUUGAGAAUGAAAACAAAUGAAUUCCUUGGUGUAACAAAGGUCCCUGAGACACCCAAGGUGGAAACUACAGGCAACAAGUUCAGGGAGAUUGUUCGUAGUGUGCUUAUUGGCCGCAAGAACCCUGAUACCCCAGGAAUGUUAAAGAAGCCCAUCAUUAAUAACACAAACACUUUAGUUGCUGUAACUCCAGCAGUAAGUCAAUUUUUUAUUUCUAAAAAUUUUAUUAUGUACAGUACUUCUUUUAUAUUUUAUUAUUCAAAAAGAGUGCAAAUAUUUUGCAGUCUUCAUAAAAGAAUUUUUUAAAUAGUGUAGAGUAAAUAUUGUUAGAUGCAACCACAUUGAAACCGAAACCUGCUAAUUUUAUUUACAUUAAUCCUUAAAUUGUUUAUCACACAUGUUUAUGGCUGUGUGGGAAAAUUAUUUGUCAGUUAGAUCUACUAGUUACAUUUUGUGGGCUCACUUUAAAUGCAGGUGAAGAUUGUCAUGGCUCAGGUGUAGCAAUUAUUUUCUUUUAACACAGUGGUCAACUUUCCUGAGACAGGGUGAUUAGAGAAAAGUAGGAUAUACAUUCACCAUCACUCAUUUAACCCUUUCACUGUCGAGACACUUGCUCUCACUGUCGAAGAAUUAAAAAAAA